GGUACCGCUAUAUUUUAUUAAUUUACGGCAGAAGGAGUGUGGUGGAGAGGGGAAUCCAGGCUCCAAAUUGACUUCGGCAUCAUAGAGACUGCGCGCUGGGACCGUAUAGUUCAAACGAACAUGCCGCCAAAGCAAAAUCCCGCAAGUAACAUGGUGUUGUGAUGUUGGUAAGUUAAUACAUACAUAUGUAAAUAUUGUACAGUUGGUACAACUGCAAACCAAAUAAAAUUAGAACUUUUCUACCCUUUGAACUGAACGCACGUCUCUCUCUCGUUCUCCCUUCCGGAGAGCGGCCGCUGGCCGCCCUCGAACAUUUGAGGCCCUUUACAAAGGCCGUACGAGCUACAGCAAAUUGGCGACGAGGCGAACUUAGCGGCGGAAGGAGGAGAGGACGACGAAGAGGAACCGUCGGAAGCGAGAAGACGGCGUGGACAGUCAUCCGCGUGAAGGCCACGUGUUGCGGCAACCGGAAGUUGGCUUGGUAGGUGUCCGGAGGCGGACCAGUCCGGCACCACUGACACCAAGGCCGUCCCAGCGCAAAAGGCAAGUGGUUAAAAGGGAAAAGAAGAAGUCUCCGCGUCUGAUUGCGAAAAAUCAGCACUGCAAGUGGUGAGCAAGUCGAGCCGAAAACGUGGUGAGAAAAAAAGAGGGUGCAAAGCAUUGUCAAGUGAAACACUAGCCGCAGAAUAUUAUUUCCACCAUCAGUGUCUUCGAGACUGGAAAUAAUCUAGUGAAGUUUAAGGUGAGAACUCAAGGGCCAGAGGGAAGAAAUUCCAGGCCAAAAAGGAGUCUUCGAGACUUUUGCCUUAAAAAAAAAGAGGGGUUUUUCUCAAAGGUUUUGAAAAAAAAAAUGGUAGUAAGUUGUUGUAAUUAAAUGACUAGAUUUGCAGCACACCAUUCCUGAGAAAAUCUAUAACCUGAUUGCUUGUACGUAGCCACUAAGAAAACACACGGCAGUGAAGAAGGAGGGCCUCUCAAGAAGAAAAAAGAGGUUCCGUAAAAAAGAAGAAAGAAAAGAAAGAGGAAGGAAGGAGAAGAGUCUGGAGCGGAACUUGUGGAGCGACAAGGUGGUCCAAGGAGAAGACGAGACCACAGUCAGCUGCAAGGAAGCCCCGCCUCGAAAAGGACUUCAACCAGAGUUGGACUCAAGAAAGCAGUCAAGAGCAGCAGGACAAGUAGCUGCCAAGAGAAAAGGGUGUGCACCAGCACCAACGGCCGAGACAUCGGAGGCCGUCGGACAGAAGGCGUGUGGCGCCCUGUCCACCUGAGACGCCGGGAGGAGGCAGCCGCCUUCUCUGGCCAUCAUGUGAGGGACCCGAAGGGUGCAACCGCAUCCUUGGGCCGUCGACCUGAGUGGAGGGGAUCUCCUCAGGGGUCGCUUAGAAGUACCGGACUACAAAGAGUCCGAGGUGUAAAACGAGGAGCCGAGUGUCCAUCCAGCAUGGAGAAGAUGAGAACAGCAACUGGCAGUUCAGACCGUGCCAAGUGUGCUGGAACAUUUUCGGUUUUCAUUUGAAAAUUUAGUGAUUGAGCGAAAUUCAAGUAAAUUAGUAAUGCAGAAAUACAGUUUUAAACAACCAAAUUUCCGUUAAAAAUUCAGGAAAGUAAAAUCAAUUAAAGUUUCAACUUAAAUUUCCUAAUCUGAGAAUUAAUUUUAGAGUUUAAUCAAGGAACUCAAUUUAGUAAACAAAUUUUCAAAGGUUUUUGAGUAAGAGUAAUUCUUGUGAAUGGAUGUAAAUGUGAUUUUGUAACAAUGUUUCCAAAUUAAUCAAUUUCUUGCUCCAACGCCAAAUGCCACAGUUCUCCUUAAAGUGCGUAAAUUAAAACUUGUUUUUAUCUUAGGCGGGAGGUGUUGUGAUGUUGGUAAGUUAAUACAUACAUAUGUAAAUAUUGUACAGUUGGUACAACUGCAAACCAAAUAAAAUUAGAACUUUUCUACCCUUUGAACUGAACGCACGUCUCUCUCUCGUUCUCCCUUCCGGAGAGCGGCCGCUGGCCGCCCUCGAACAUUUGAGGCCCUUUACAAAGGCCGUACGAGCUACAGCACAUGGCAAGUGGAUUCGUCGCAUUGGUUCGUUUUACAGAUGACGCUGAGAGGAUCAUCAUUCACUCUAAAUUCAUCAAAAAUGCUCCUGAAAAACCCGACCAAGAUAACAUGAAGCUGAUCUAUCAGGUUCUGUAUCACAGCAGCUUGCGUGUCAACCAGUUCAACGAAUAUAUUGUGACCGACUUCGACCACGCAAAUCCUCCAGUGGAAUCGUGUGACUAUUUCGAUGCAGAAAUACAACGCUUUGCACCAACUCUCGAAGAACUUCAGAAGCUCCUAUCAGAAGGUGGCCGUACUCGUAAAACUAAAAACCUGGAAACACCACCCAGGGCUGAAGAGUUUUUGGCUGAUAAGAAGAGGAAGAAGUUUGUGGAAUCAAAAAAAAAAAUCGCAUCGCAGGAUUUGAAAUCAACAAAGAAGAUAAAAAAUGACUCGCUUAACUCCAGCAGCAAGGCAAAUCUGAAGAAAUUCAUUGACUCUGAACAACUUGCCGCGGUUUUAAGUCCUUGCAGCACCUGCAGCACGAAGGAUUUUGAAAUCAUGCAACUCAGGAACGAAAAUACUCGAUUGAAGGAAGUGCAUGCUCACGACGAGGAACUUGCAGCUAUUCAAAAAGAUCGUUUUGAAGAGAUCAAGAGCUACAACGUGUUUCUGAAAGAACAAAAUGAAUUGUUGAAGGGGUCCAAGAAAGAACCCAUGAAAGCUUGACAAGAGCAAGAACUGAAAAGCCAGGAUACUUAUUCUAAAAACACUAUUAUCCCUGUUUACAAUACUUCUGAAGAAAUAAUUAUCGAGGUGCUUGACAAAAAACCAUGUGACGCGACUGAAUUUGAAGAAAUUCAAAUCGCUGCUGAACAUUCAAGUAUGGAAGAGUCUCGGGAUGUUGAUGCCAUAAAUGGGGAUUUUGAUGCAUUGAUGACUCCAGAUAGAAAUCUGCGUCCUGAGAGUUCUAAUAAUACCUGCCGUAUUGAGGAAUGCGAUCCGAAACCAUUGACUAAAGACCCUCUUGGAAACAAGAUUCAUCUUGGCUAUGGCAAAUGGAUUUCACAACGUUCUUGGGAUGAACUAGAAAAAAUUGCAGACAAUUCCAAAUUCGUGCAGCAUCUCACUGUGGAAGCAUGUGGAGUAGACUCGGUUCAUCUCUUCUCUGCCACUGGAACACAAGGACCAAAGGGGCCAAAGAGAGGGGAAGCUGGUUAUAAGGAAAAGUUCCCAGCAGAGACAAUUGCAAUUGUUCACCACUUCCUCAAGCUGAAACUGAUGACGAAGUACGGAGAAUCAUACACAGGCACACCUUCUAACGAAGAAUUCGCGAUCAAAUGUCCUCGAACUGCAGGUCAGCUUGACGGAAUGACCAAUUGCAUCAAUGGUGUUCCACGGAGGCGCAACAGCCUUGGGCAAAUGGGAACUUGGAUGACAAGGGCCAGCACCGAGAAUUCACCAAACCGUCCUCGUCACUGGUUCCAAGCAAAAUUCGGAUCUUGGAGACGUGGUUGGCGCUCUCGCAGAUUGUGGUGCCCGCGGUGUAGGCCUGCCAACUCGGCGAGUUCAGCGAAAGGCUCAGGCACUUUUGCCUUCUCCUCGCCCUUCCGAGGCCGGCCGCGCUUUCGAGGUGUGGGCGGCGGUGGCUGCUCGGCAGCUUUGCUGGUGCCUGCGCCAGCUGGCGCGCUUGGCAAAUUUUCUGCAGGCGGUGGCUGCCCCCUGGUGGACUCUGGACGGUCACCAGAGGCAGCAGAGUGUCCGAUCUGGUCGGCCAGAGACUGGCGUGUCCUUCCUGGGGCUGUUACCGCCCCCUGGUUGACUCGUAGUCACCCGGCUGCACCGAUGAUAUAUUUUGUAGACCAGCCGAAGACUGAAUUGGCACCAUCGGAGGUGGGCCAUCCGUGGCAUGUCCGUCACCGCCAAAGAGGUCGGACUGAUGGCCUUUGUCUGCCGUGCACGAGGGACUGCUGGUGGCAAUCGAACAGCCAGAUUCCGCGUGGUGCUCCCCGAUGGAUGAUCUUUGUGUGUCGGCGCCUCCCCGGUGCUGUCGUCUGAAGGAGUGCUGCUGGCGGUUCGACUCUGCACUGGCCUUGUGCAAAAUCUCUCUGCUGGUGAGCUGGGUGCUCCCGCUGCAUUCCUAAAAGCUCCAUUUAUUUCUCUGCUUGGUGAUGUGUCUGCUGGAGACCUCGGUGGUCCC